GAGAGCCUGAUCCAGACUAAUGAAAUCUCCAGAUGCUGGCAAUCUUGGCGUAAACUAACUGUAAUCAGGCUUGAUUUGGCGUAGGCUAGGACAUCGGUUGACAUGUUGGUUUGUUAUAGAGUGGAAUUUGUACAGAGUUUGAUGUUGUAAUGUAGUAGUAUUGCGUAAUAGCUGAAACCCAGUGAGGAAAUCAACUAAGUGACAGUCUGUCAAUUGUUUGGAGGAGAUCUGUUGCUCUUGACUUCUAGUUUGUUCUUGUGCUUGCCCCAGCUUCAUCUGUCUGGACUUGACUCCUGGCUCUGUCUGUCUCAGUCGUGGGAAAGACUGAAAUUACAUCGCUCUCAUGGUGGACUAUAUUGGGCUCUCAGAGAGAGUGGUAGAGGGCAGCAGGCGGCAGGUUGCAGACAGCUCUGUUAGAUCAGGAGUCCCCCAGCAGCAGGCAGGUCUGAAGCUGUCCAGUCCACAGAGCAACACUGCUUCACCGUUACCGUUUAACGGGAGCUAGGAGCAGAAGAAUGUUGUGCGCCACGUCAACAGAUCUGGAGCCUGACGACAAUACGUCGUUCUACAUCCUCAAUGUGGGCCAGCAGUCCGUGGUCAACAACCAGUCUAUGGGUCAGUCUCGCAAUGGCAGCAUGCAGCCUCACUCCCACUCCCAAGUCAUCAGCUCCUCCCCCCAUCAGCGCCUGCAGUCCCACAAGGUGUACGACCCCAUUUAUGAGGUCCAGGACAAUGUCAACAAAAACAAAUCCAGCCCUGCAGGUGGGGGUGGGGGGCCUCCCAAAGCCUUUGAGUGUCCUAGCAUCCAGAUCACCUCUAUCUCCCCCAGCUGUCAGCAGGAGAUGGACGCUAACGAGGACAAUCUUAGAGGUAAUGAUGGGGACUACCACCAUGGGGACCGGCCCCUGUCCAGGGACCACCUGUACCUGCCCUUAGACCACUCAUACCGGGACUCAACUCUCAGCCCGUCCCCCUGCAGCUCCCUGUCCUCCAGGAGCUGGUUCUCAGACGCCUCGUCCUGCGAGUCCUUCUCCCACGAGUACGAUGACGUGGACUCUGAGCUGAACGAAGCGGCCGCAAGGUUUACCCUGGGGUCUCCCCGCACCUCCCCUGGCUGCUCCCCUCACCCUGGGGUCCUGGAGGAGGGUCUGUGGGUUGGGCAUCAGCACCACCACCCUGCCUUUCACACCUCCCACUCCCUGUCCCCCCGAGUCUCCCCCUGCCACUCCCCACGCACCUCCGUCACCGACGAGAACUGGCUGAGCCCCCGGCCGUCGUCCCGCCCCUCCUCACGCCCCACCUCACCCUGCGGGAAGAGACGCCACUCCAGCGCAGACAUCUGCUACCCAAUGGGCUCCGUGUCCCCACACCACUCCCCGAUCCCCACCCCCGAGCCGUCCCCAAGGGGCAGCGUGACAGAGGACACCUGGAUAGGAAGCCCCUCCAUGGGCAUGUUCCAGUGCUGCCCUUCCGAGGCAGACAUCCCCUCCAAGACUAGGAAGACUUCCCAGGACCGGACAUGCUCCAUGGGGGGGAAGGGGGACCUGGGCCUGGACGACUCUGGGAACGGGUCCCCCCUCAUGGACUCUCCCUCGGAAGACACCUUGCACUCCCUGAAGAAGGACGGACCAGGGGAACAGUUUCUCUCAGUUCCCUCACAUUUCACAUGGAACAAACCCAAACCAGGACACACACCCAUCUUCAGGACCUCUUCCCUACCCCCCCUGGACUGGCCCCUGCCCCACCUGUUUGGCCAGUACGAGCUGAAGGUUGAGGUGCACCCCAAGGCCCACCACCGAGCACACUACGAGACGGAGGGAAGCAGAGGGGCGAUCAAAGCUGCAUCAGGUGGUCAUCCUGUUGUCAAGCUGAUGGGCUACAACGAGAAGCCUGUCAACCUACAGAUGUUCAUCGGCACGGCAGACGACCGCUACCUCAGACCUCACGCCUUCUACCAGGUGCAUCGGAUCACUGGGAAAACGGUGGCCACCGCCAGCCAGGAGAUCAUCAUUUCCAGCACCAAAGUUCUCGAGAUUCCUCUGCUUCCCGAAAACAAUAUGUCUGCCAGCUCCCCUCCCUAUCUCUCUUGCAGUAUUGACUGUGCUGGCAUCCUGAAGCUGCGCAACUCAGACAUUGAGCUGCGGAAGGGGGAGACUGAUAUCGGGCGGAAGAACACGCGUGUGCGAGUGGUGUUUCGUGUUCACAUUCCCCAGCCCAAUGGGAAGGUUCUCUCUCUACAGGCUGCAUCCAUCCCUGUGGAGUGUUCCCAGCGUUCGGCCCAGGAGCUUCCCCAGGUAGAGAAGGCCAGUCUGACCGGCUGUCUGGUCAGCGGGGGAGAGGAGAUGGUCAUCACAGGAUCCAACUUCUUCCCCGAAUCAAAGGUCAUAUUCCUGGAGAAGGGCCCUGAUGGACGACCCCAGUGGGAAGUGGAGGCGAAAAUCAUCCGUGAGAAAAGUCAAGGAUCGAGCGUCGUAGUGGAGGUCCCUCCCUACCACAGUAAGACCGUGACCUCGGCUGUUCAGGUGCAGUUCUACGUGUGUAACGGCAAACGGAAAAGGAGCCAAUCACAACGCUUCACUUACCUGUCAGUCCUGGUGAAGCAGGAGCACAACAGAGAAGAGAUGGAAGGGCCCCCUGCUGUGCCCCCCAUGCCUGGUAUGUCCAUGCCCCUGGCCCAUGCUGCCAGCCUGGUCCACAGUACCCACACCCAGCUGCCUUCCCCUGAGCAGGGCCACCCACCGGACGGCCUUCUGUCCAGCUCUCCCCGGGGCCUGGCUGCGGGCCCCGGCUCCAGCCUCCAUACUCUGCAGCCUGCCUGCCCCCUCAUGGGCUCCCCCUCCUUCCAGCACCUGCCUCACCUCCAGGGCCGAGGCCUCCACACGCCUGCUGACUGCCACAUGAUGUUCCAUCCGGGCCCAGCCCCUCCCAACAGGCCCUCCUACCAACACCAUCCUAUGCAGCAGAGUCACACCCACCCCGGCCACCUAAGCAACCUACAUCUCAACCUGCCCUACAAUGGCCAGCCCAGCCUUUCCAUGAACAUGAACACUGGGGCUCCGCAGAGCUAUGAGAGGAUGCCUUACCAGCAGCAGCAGUCUGACCCCGGGGCCUCCCACCCCCACCCCAUGGGGCUGGAUAUGGUGUACCACUCCUCCCCAUCCACCUCCGCCCAGCAGGUCUCCAGCCCCCACAGCCCCAUCUCCACGGCCCCCCACAGCCAGCCCAUGACCCACUCAUCCCACUCUGCCCCUCAACUGCUCUCCAUGGGCUACCAUUGCCCCCCCAACCCCAGCCAGGUGCCCUCGCCCACCCGCCCCAACCACCCCAUGGGCCAGCCCUCACCCACCCUCACCAACCAUCCGAUACAGCCCUCCCCCCAGCUGCAGAGAGCUAUGGGGGGCUACCACCCCACCAGCCAGAGGUCUGCCUCCUGUCCCACUACCUCCAGUGCCCCUCCAGCCCACAUGGUUCCCUCGCCCCAUUCCGGGCCAUCCUCCCCCCAGCUCCACUCCCUGCCCUACCAGUCGCCCACCUCCCCCACCGGCAGCCCUCUGGGCCCCCCAGCACACAGUCCCCAGGCCAGCAGCCCUGUCAUGUCCAGCCUGUCCCCAGGCUCGUGCAGCAGCAACCCCGUGCAGCAGCACCCCCUUGCCUCCCAGCAGAGCCCCUUCCCUACGGAGGGGGAGAGUGUGAACAUCAAGCAGGAGCCAGAGGAGAGAGAGCCCACCUUCAGAACCAUCGGCCUGCAGGACAUCACACUGGACGACGUGAAUGAGAUCAUCGGCAGAGACAUGUCACAGUCCCCUGGUGGCGGUGCCCAGUCGUAGCGCUGUCCGUGGCCAGGCCUCCACACACCCAGCUGGGCAUAGCAGUGUCCUCACCAGCCCCAACACCACCACCUCCACCACAGGACUUUACCUGCCUCUAGGCAGGACAGACUGGGCUGAGAUUCCCCUUUACACUUCAUGGACCUACCAGUCCACAAAAACACCCUCCAGACACACAUGAACAAACCUUUCAUAACAGCAAAAGAGCUCAGAUUCACCCACCUACACCUGUACAGUGGGGCAAAAAAGUAUUUAAUCAGCCACCAAUUGUGCAAGUUCCCCCACUUAAAAAGAUGAGAGAGGCCUGUAAUUUUCAUCAUAUGUAGACUUCAACUAUGACAGACAAAAUUAGAAAAACAAAUCCAGAAAAUCACAUUGUAGGAUUUUUAAUGAAUUUAUUUGCAAAUUAUGGUGGGAAAUAAGUAUUUGGUCACCUACAAACAAGCAAGAUUUCUGGCUCUCACAGGCUCCUCUGUCCUCCACUCGUUACCUGUAUUAAUGGCACCUGUUUGAACUUGUUAUCAGUAUAAAAGACACCUGUCCACAACCUCAAACAGUCACACUCCAAACUCUACUAUGGCCAAGACCAAAGAGCUGUCAAAGGACACCAGAAACAAAAUUGUAGGCCUGCACCAGGCUGGGAAGACUGAAUCUGCAAUAGGUACGCUGCUUGGUUUGAAGAAAUCAACUGUGGGAGCAAUUAUUAGGAAAUGGAAGACAUACAAGACCACUGAUAAUCUCCCUCGAUCUGGGGCUCCACGCAAGAUCUCACCCCGUGGGGUCAAAAUGAUGACAAGAACGGUGAGCAAAAAUCCCAGAACCACACGGGGGGACCUAGUGAAUGACCUGCAGAGAGCUGGGACCAAAGUAACAAAGCCUACCAUCAGUAACACACUACGCCGCCAGGGACUCAAAUCCUGCAGUGCCAGACGUGUCCCCCUGCUUAAGCCAGUACAUGUCCAGGCCCAUCUGAAGUUUGCUAGAGAGCAUUUGGAUGAUCCAGAAGAAGAUUGGGAGAAUGUCUUAUGGUCAGAUGAAACCAAAAUAUAACUUUUUGGUAAAAACUCAACUCGUCGUGUUUGGAGGACAAAGAAUGCUGAGUUGCAUCCAAAGAACACCAUACCUACUGUGAAGCAUGGAGGUGGAAACAUCAUGCUUUGGGGCUGUUUUUCUGCAAAGGGACCAGGACGACUGAUCCGUGUAAAGGAAAGAAUGAAUUGGGCCAUGUAUCAUGACAUUUUGAGUGAAAACCUCCUUCCAUCAGAAAGGGCAUUGAAGAUGAAACGUGGCUGGGUCUUUCAGCAUGACAAUGAUCCCAAACACACCACCCGGGCAACGAAGGAGUGCCUUCGUAAGAAGCAUUUCAAGGUCCUGGAGUGGCCUAGGCAGUCUCCAGAUCUCAAUCCCAUAUUGGAGGGAGUUGAAAGUCUGUGUUGCUCAGCAACAGCCCCAAAACAUCACUGCUCUAGAGGAGAUCUGCAUGGAGGAAUGGGCCAAAAUACCAGCAACAGUGUGUGAAAACCUUGUGAAGACUUACAGAAAACGUUUGACCUCUGUCAUUGCCAACAAAGGGUAUAUAACAAAGUAUUGAGAAACUUUUGUUACUGACCAAAUACUUAUUUUCCACCAUAAUUUGCAAAUAUAUUCAUUAAAAUCCUACAAUGUGAUUUUCUGGAUUUUUUUUUUUUCAUUUUGUCUGUCAUAGUUGAAGUGUACCUAUGAUGAACAUUACAGGCCUCUCAUCUUUUUAAGUGGAAGAACUUGCACAAUUGGUGGCUGACAAUUUUUUUUUUUGCCCCACUGUAUACAUCAGAUUAUAAAACAGGAGAACACCGCAGGGUGGUGACAAACUGUAGGAUUAUUGGGGUCAGUGAGUGGCAGAAAGACGAGGAACAUGUUCUCUGUUCAGUUGACUUCGGGUUCAUUUUUAGCAUUAGUUCUCAAGCCUGGGCUCAGAUUCCCAGAGUGAUCACCUCCUAAACGGUUUCUAUGCAGCAAAACUCUGCUCAGGGUGUCUGGAUGGAGUAUGAAAUAUACCCUCUCCCUCACAAUGUUGCCCCUAACAGUGUAGUGCUCAGUGAGGAACAAUAGGACCCCUCAGUAGGAAUAAAGAAGGGUUGAAUACUGUACUCAUGAUUUUCUCACCAGCAUAGACCUCGACGGUACAUACACCCCGGUUGGUUGAGCACCCCCUGGGAGUGUAGAGGUAGUACUGCAGCCCCACUGCGACACCCCCAUCACCCUUGUCCUUCUUUGUCUCUGGGUGCCUGGGAGCCCCUUCUCUUCUUCUCUGGUGCUGGACUGGGAUCUGUAAUAUGCAACAUUCCACACUUCUAGUGACCUUCCAGCCAUGUAGUGCCUUCAGAAAGUAUUCACACCCCUUGACCUUUUCCCCAAAAAAUUGUGGUACAGCCUGAAUUUCAAAUAUAUUAAAUGUAGACCUUUUUGUCGCGGGCCAAUACCCGAUAAUGUCAAAGUGGACUUAUGUUUUCAGAAUUCUUUAUAAAUUCAUAAAAAAUAAAAAGCUGAAAUGUCUUGAGUGAAUAAGUAUUCAACCCCUUUGUUAUGACAAGCCUAAAUAAGUUCAGGAGUAAAAAUGAACUUAACAAGUCACAUAAGUUGCAUGGAUUCAACCACAAAGACCAGGGAGUUUUUCCAAUGCCUCGCAAAGAAGGCCACCUAUUGGUAGAUGGGUAAAAAAAAAAAAGCAGACAUUGAGCAUAUCCCUUUGAGCAUGGAGAAGUUAUUAAUUACACUUUGAAUGGUGUAUCAAUACACCCAGUCACUACAAAGAUACAGGCCUCCUUCCUAACUCAGUUGCCAGAGAGGAAGGAAACGGCUCAGGGAUUUGACCAUGAGGCCAAUGGUGACUUUAAACCAGGUACAGAGUUUAAUGGCUUUGAUUGGAGAAAACAGGAUGGAUCAACAACAUUGUAGUUAUUCUACAAUACUAACCUAAUGGACAGAGUGAGAAGAGGGAAGCCUGUACAGAAUACAAAUAUUCCAAAACUUGCAUCCUGUUUGCAACAAGGUACUAAAGUAAAUCUACAAAAAAAAUUGGCAAAGCAAUUAACUUUUUGUUCUGAGUACAAAGUGUUAUGUUUGGGGCAAAUCCAAUACAACACAAUACUGAGUACCACACUCCAUAUGUUCAAGCAUAGUGAUGGCUGCAUCAUGUUAUGUGUAUGCUUGUAAUCGAUAAGGACUGGAGAUUUUUUUAAAUAAAAUAAUAAGCAGAAUGGAGCACAGGCAAAAUUCUAGAGGGAAAUCUGGUUCAUUCUACUUUCCACCAGACACUGGGAGGUGAAUUCACUUUUAAUACAAUAAUAAUAAUACAAUAAUACAAUAACUUAAAACACAAGGCCAAAUCUACACUGAAGUUGCUUACCAAGAAGACAGUGGAUGUUCCUGAGUGGCCAAAUUACAGUUUUGACUUGAAUCUGCUUGAAAAUCUGUGGCAAGACCUGAAAAUGGUUGUCAAGCAAUGAUCAACAACCAACAACCAUCAACAACCAAAAGGUUAAUUGUUGCACAAUCCAGGUGUGCAAAGCUCUUAGAGACUUACCAGAAAGACUCACAGCUCUAAUCACUGCUUAAGGUGCUUCUAUAAAGUAUUGACUCAGGGGUGUGGAUACUUAUGUAAAUUAGAUUUCUGUAUUUAAUUUUCAAAAAAUUAAAAAACAUUUAUAAAACAUGUUUUUACUGUCAUUAUGGGUUAUUGUGUAGAUAUGAUACAUUUUAUAUUCAGGCUGUACCACAACAAAAGGUGGAAUAAGUCAAAGGGUAUGAAUACCUUCUGAAGACCCUGUAUCUGUAUAUUAUUACUACUCUCCUCCUGACUCCCCAAUCCUCCUCUUCAGGUUGAACAAAUGCCUUAUAAACCUUGUUAAAUAGCAGCUUUGAAUGAUAGGAUGAUAAACACUUGUUGUUUGUUUGUACAGUUGACUCUUCAUGCAGAGUAUGACUUAGAUUUUUAUAGAAAUUAGAUGGAUUUCUGAGUUUGUGAUAUGGAGACACUUGACUUUCGAUGAAUAUGUUUUAUGCGAUGGAUAGAUGAACACUGGUUUUCUCCAGACCGAGGUAGCCCGUUAUAUAUAUAUUUGUAACUGUAAGUAGACUUGUUGGAGUUUAAUUAAAGGUGGUGUUUGAAUUAUCCACAGAGCAAGACGGACCUGUGUUCCUCUGAACUCUGUCAUGCAAUAACUAAAGAGUGUCUGAAAUGUCACCUUAUUCCCUGUAUAGUGCAUUAAUUUUGGCCAGCAUACUGGUCAAAAGUAGUGCACUAUACAGGGAAUCGGGUGUAAUUGUGGAUGCACACUAACUGUCUUGAUGCCCUGGGCCCAGUUUUUCUAAACGUUUAAUCUGGAUAAGAAUGAUCCGGAUUCUGUAAUCCUUUUUUGCAAUCAGGAUCAGAUUGAUCUGGCUGUUUUUGGGCCAGUUUUUCAGAAAAUAAUCAGAUAGAAUCAUUCUGAUCCACAACAUGAAGAUCACAGAAUCCAGAUUGUCAGUGCUUUCAACAGGCCUACACCUUUCCAUCUAGUGGACAGGUUAUGGUACUACUACACUGUCAUAGGGAAACAGAGAUGAGUAAACUACAUGAAUAAAAUAUGACACCUUUCUAAAUCCACCCUGAAUCCACCCUUCCAGUGGGAUCAAGAUAAUCCACAUUUUAGGCAUCAAAACUAUCAUCACUACCUUUUAGGAGUAAAAAAAAUGCAAAAACUACAUUUAAUCUUGUUUUAAUUGUCAGAUUGGAUUACCAAAUCUGGAGGAUCAGAAUAGUUUUGUUUUCUUUUGAAAAACCCAAUAUGUAAUUAAUGUAAUGUAAUUUUAUCUGAUUGCAGAAAUCCAAUCAGAUAACUUUUGAAAAACUGGGCCCAGAGACUCUGCCUUCCACUUUGUAACAACCAUACCUUCUGAGGGUAAAGCAGCUUCAAUCCACAUACUAUUGGAAAUAAUAUAACACAUUGAAAACUGCAGAUUUAAACUGUUGAUAAAAGUAUUUUAUAGAUAGUCAUUUAUAUAUACUGUAUUUAUGUAUAGCCCCCCCCCCCCUCCAUCACCACUAAUGAACAAGGUUAAGUUUUUUUUAUUUUUAUGAGUUUCAUUUUUGUACGUUGUUGGUUCUUCCAGGCCCCCUGUGUGUUGCACAUCAAGACAAUCAUGACAAAUGAUCAUUUUGUCUUCAGGAUGGUACCUUAACAAAAAUAUGUAUUUGUCAAUCUUCCUCCUUGGGGAGACAUACAGACUGCGAAUGUAUGGAAUAUUGAUAGCAAUAAUAAAAAUAUUUUCAGUUUGCCUGAGAAUUACAACAACAAAAAGUCCAAAGAAAAUGACAAAGCUGAGUGUUAAAAAGCAACAUAUUCCAGUCCAACAUCAUAAGGAUGUUUACAGAAUGUGAUUCUGAAUGCUGGAUAGAUGUAUGUAUGUAUGCCAUACAUUACGUAGUCAUGCUGUAAUAUAACAUGUUGAUUGGUCUGGGUAGGAACAACUCCUAUUGCCUUAACAUGUUCUCUGUGAUUGGACAAUGAUAUAUGUAUAUUCUUGCAUGUAUAUUUUUUUCUCUGAGAGGAUGUUGCUAAUGACAACUGUCAAUCAUGUCCAAUCAGAAAUAGAAAAUAAUUCUGCUAUACACAAAAAAAACCUGCCUGAUGCCUUUAAAAACUUUUUUUUUAAAUUAAAAAAGAACCUUGAUGCCUAUAGUUGUAGAUGCAGCAGAGAUGCUUGGUUCUGUUAUUUCAAGGCUCCGUUUACACAGGUAGUUCAAUUCUGAUCUUUUUCUCACUAAUCAGAUCAGCUCUGAAAAAGUUAUGUGAUUGGUCAAAGAACCAAUUAGUGGCCAAAUAUCAGAAUUGGGCUGCCUGUAUAAACGCAGCCUUCUAGAGUAUCAGCACAAUACUUAUUAGUCCUGCAUACCAGAGGGCCAGUCAGUGAAUCUGCCUUGUAAAGGACACAGUGCAAGCGUUUUAGUAGAUUAUAUUAAGUUUGGAUGUGUGCGUUUGUACCCAAUAAACUGUAGAUAAGUGUUUUUUUUUUUAUAUAAUGAAUUUCAGUUCUGUACAAUACAAGCACACAGAUGCAUUAGGCUACUAUGCAAACCAUGACGAAAGCAUCAUGACAACGUGAUAUUUGGCAUCGAGUACAAAAUAACUGGUAUGUUUGUAAUAAUCUCUAGUGGCUUUUGUUUCAUGUGUAAAACAUUUUCAAAUAGUGAGGAGAGAAUGUCACUAUUUGUUUAUUUAAACUAUAGGAAGGCCUUAACUCAUGUGUUGAAUAUGAAUUACUGGUUUGUUGUCUAUAUGCUCUUCUGGGUUAAUAAUUUACUUGAGAAUAUACAUUUUGGACAGCAGGACGUUAGUUACAAGAGGAAGGGCUGGCUCUGGUGCUGCUUGUGAGACUGUUACCUGAUUCACAGUAUAGAGCUGAUCAGAACCGUACUGUGCUGGCUUGGAUGAUUAAUUUUCACAUGGUCCUUUCCAGCACAGUUCCAGCACUAUGUAGAUGUGUAAACAGGGCAGCCCAGUACAGCUCGGCUUGGCGCAGUUUUGCCCUAUAGUGUGAAUGAGGCAUAUGAGUCCAGAAACAAAAGCAGCAUUAAAUUCAGUAACCGUUCGCUCUCUGCCAUCCUCUUCUGUAAAACCAAAGAUAAACAAUAUGUUCCCAUUUUACAUACCGGUAAAAAGCAACACAGACUGACAUUAGAACUCUAUUUUUGAUACUUUGAAAUGGAUGUCAUUCCUAACGGUUGGGUACAUAUAUCUAUAAAUAUAUGUUUUGUAAAAGAAAAGGGAAAUACAGGUUUUAGCUGAUGUUUACAGGAACCUUGUAUUGUCAUUUCAUGUACAUUUUGUAUUUUAAAACCAUUUUGUAAUUUAAGACUGCAGUGCUUUUUGAAUGUAUUCAAAGGGAAUACCUUGCAUUUAGGCUCUUACAGUAGUGUAUCAAUAAAAAUACAAAUGUCAAACUUUG